GUAGCUUGGUCUCCUGUGGGCCCAAACAGUCAAAUCGAUCCCUGGAUCGCCUCCGACACCCACCUGCCUCCCCCAGCUCUGCUGCCCAGCUCUCCCAGCCCCACAGCCCGUGCGUGGGCUGCUCCAUCGCUGUGUUUCCUCCAUCGGCUUUCUGCUGUGGACCAUGUGUGAGUGUCUGCGUGGAAUAUUCAGAGUCACCUGGACGCCUUCCUCCAAUGCAGACUCUGACAGAGACCAAGAGGACAGCCAUGUUUUCAGCCAGACCAGAGAUCCAGCCGUAAAAGACAAGAGGCGGUCGCCCCCCUCCAACAGAUCCCCCUCUGCCCCACAACGAAACCCUCACCACAGCGGCUCCACAGAGGAACAGGAGAGCCCCGAGAGAGUGGUGCAGAAGGAGAAACUUCAUGCAGAGUUGAAGCAGGUGUUGAGUCAGAAGAGAAGUCAUCUGAGAGAGUCGACCUGCCAGCUGGCCCAACCAGAGAUGGACUCAGAGCCCACAGACGAACAGACAUGGGUGGAGGAAGCCACUAAGUCCAUGGAAAUAGUGGUGGAGACGGAGGCAGAAGCUGGAGCCAGCGGCUACAGUGUGACUGGUGGAGGACAGCAAGGGAUCUUUGUUAAAGACGUGCUCAGAGACUCACCAGCUGCUAAACAUCUCAGUCUACAGGAAGGUGACCAGCUGCUGAGUGCCAAGGUCUACUUCGACAAUGUGAAGUAUGAAGAUGCUCUGAAGAUCCUUCAAUGUGCAGAGCCAUAUAAGGUCAGCUUCCAGCUGAAGAGGACCAUCCCCGGAGCAGAGGUCUGUGUGCGGCCUCGAGUUCCCAGCGUUGAGGUCAAAGGUCCCAAGGCCAAGAUGGCCAAAAUGAGUGUGAAGGGCAGCAAGCCAUUCAAGGCCAAGAAAAAGAGAGGUGGUCGUUUUGGUCUGAAGAGGCUGAAGGAGAAGCGCAGAGAGGAGCUUGUGAUAGAGGGAACACCCCCCAGGCUGGAGAUGAGUGAUGUAGAUGUGGAGUUUUCUCUCCCCAAAUUCAAACAGAGGAGGAGUGCGAAGGUUGAAGCAGAAGGAGCCGGAGGCACUGCAAUCGUGGGAAAGGCAAAGAGGAGGAUCAGGUUUCCCCACAUAAAAACAAAGGGGUACACUGGAGAGGACACAGGAGGAGAAGUGGUUGGAGGACAACUCGAGGGACAGGUGAAUAUCUCACCACCUGAGAUACCUGAGGCUAAACUGAAAACCAAAGGAAAAGGACACAAGUUUGGAAUCACCUUUCCUAAGACCAAACAUACAAAGUCAGGGUCAGCUUUGGAAACUGGAUCUGUGGAGCUGAAGCCUCCAGGUGUGAACAUCCAGCCACCAUCAGUGGAGUUCAGUUUGUGUGGUGAUAAAAACAUAGACGUGGAGAAGGGAGGGGUUAAGCUUAAUGCACCUGAUGUGGAGUUUGCACUCCCCUCAGGAAAAGCUGAGGCAUCUUUGCCCCAUGGAAAGACAGAAAUCAAAGCUCCUAAACUCAACAUCAAAGCAGGAGCUGAUGCAGAGGCAGCUGUUGAAAAAGGUGACGUAGACGUAGGCAAAGGAGAUGCAAGGUUAAGAAUGCCAAAGUUGAAACUGCCCAAAGUUAGACUUUCUCGUCAUUCUGAUGAGAUAGAUGGCGACAUCAAAGUGAAAGCACCUCCAAAAGUAGAAAUUAAAGGAGCUGAUAAGAUUAGUCUCCCUGAGGCAAAUAUCACCAAACCAAAGAUGGAUGUUGAUCUCUCAGGAAAAGCUGCAUCUAUACAAAAGCCUUCUGUUGAUAUUUCUUUACCAAAAGUGAAGGGAAAGUCUGACAUCAACGUCUCACUCCCAGAGUGCGAAGGAGCUGGGAAGACAGUGAUCAAAAUGUCUGCUGUUGACAUCUCUGUGCCUGAUGUUGAUUUGGAGUUGGACACCAGACACAGAAUUCCUGAUGAGAUAGAGGGCACUUUUAAAGGGCCAAAAAUCUCCAUGCCAAAGGUCGACAUCUCGUUGCCAAAGAUGGGAUCUUCCAGUGUGGACAUUAAAGGUCCAGAAGGUGGAGGGAAAUUCAGUCUACCUUCUCUUGACAUCACUCUUCCGGAGGGGAAAACAGACAGUGCAGAUGUGGAUAUGGACUACUAUGUUGGUGGAGAUGGGAAGUUCAAAAUGCCUGAGUUUGACAUUUCUCCUCCAAAAACUAAGCCACAAGUAGGAGAAGUAAAUAUAAAAGGAGAAGGCUUCAAGUUACCCAAAGUAGACCUAACACUUCCCACAGGCAAAGCAGGAACGACUGAAAUUGAAGGAGGUGGAAAAUUUCAGUUACCAUCAUUUGACAUCUCUCUCCCUAAAAUGAAGACAGGUGAGAUGAAGGUUGACAUUGAAGGCCCCGAGGUGAAAGGUGGUAAAUUUGAAAUGCCCACACUCGACAUUUCUCUGCCCAAAGGAAAAAUAGAAGGAGACACUGACGUAGAAGGGCAUGCUGGGAGGGGAGGAAUUGUCAAAAUGCCUACCUUUGAUGUUUCUCUACCAAAGUUGAAACAACCAGAGGGUCACAUGAACAUAGAGACACCCAAGCUUGAGGGUGGAGGUGAGAUCCAGAUGCCCUCUCUUGAUAUAUUGAUGCCAAAAGGAAAGAUGGAGAGUAACAUUGAAAUAGAGGGUCCAUCUGCAAAAGGAGGGAAGUUAAAAAUGCCCUCAUUCGAUGUCAGACUCCCUAAGAUGGAGACAUCUGGGGCUAAGGUUGACUUACAUGGACCUGAGAUGAAAGGAGGAAAAAUUGAGAUGCCAUCAGCAGACAUUUCUCUACAAAAAGGUAAAUGCAAGGGUGAAGUUGACUUCAAGGGAGAAGGAAGCACGUUUAAAAUGCCAUCAUACAAUAUAACUCUUCCAAAAAUGAAGUCACCUGAGGGAGAGGUUGUUUUGGAAGGACCUGAAGUAAAGGGCGGAAAGAUCAAGAUGCCUAGUGUCGAUUUCUGUGUUCCCCAAGGAAAUGUUGAGGGAAAUUUGAACAUUGGUGGCAGUGACUUAAAAGGAGACAAAUUCAACAUGCCCUCUUUAGACAUUUCUCUCCCAAACAUGAGGACACCUGAAGGAGACAUGAAGCUAGAAUGCCCCAAACUUCCAAAUGUUGAGUUUUCACUCCCAAAGGCAAACAUAGAGGGCAACAUGGAGCUUGACGGUAGUGGUGGUAGUGGGGCCAAGUUCAAGAAGCCAACUUUUGACAUCUCACUCCCAAAGAUGAAAACCAAGGAGGGACAGCUUGAUAUUGAAGGACCUGAAGUGAAAGGGGAAGCAAAGUUCAGCAUGCCCUCUUUAGAUGUGUCACUACCAAAGACCAAAUCACAGGGAGGUGACAUCGACAUUGAAGGUCCUGAUUUUAAGGUUAAUACACCAGAGGCAGAUUUAGAUCUAAAGGGAAGUGAGAUAAAAGGAGGGAAAAUAAAGAUGCCUACAUUUGAUGUGUCACUACCAAAGACGAAGAUGCCUGAGGGAAAUAUUGGCCUUCAGGGACCCUCAGUUGCUCUCCCAAAAAUAAAAUCAAAGCGAGGUGAUAUCAACAUUAAGGGGCCAGAAAUUAAAUUGCCAACUAUUGACAUAUCACCCCCCCAAGGAAAAUUAGAGGGGGAAAUCACUGUCGAGCGUGAAGGAAAAGGAGGCGAAUUUAGCCUUCCAUCUGUAGACAUUGACCUCCCUACAGUUAAAUUCCCUGAAGGAGAUGUGAAUUUUCAAGGGCCAAAAGUUAAAGGUUCAAAAUUUGAAAUGCCAAAAGUCGACCUCUCACUUCCUAAAGGAAAAGUACAGGGAGACAUUGAUAUUGACAUUCACUCUGGAAAAGAUGGGAAUAUAGAAAUAUCAUCCUAUGAUAUUGGACUUCCUAAAGGAAAAUUCACAGGCCCUGAACUUAAGGGAGGAAAAAUCAACAUGCCAGACGCUGACCUGUCACUUCCAAAAGGACAGGCUGAUGCUGACAUCAGUAUUGAGGGUCCUGAGAUAAAAGGAGGUAAAUUCAAAAUGCCCAAAUUUGACGUUUCACUUCCAAAGAUGAACCUGCCAGAGGGCAAUGCCAAAGUGGAAGGACCAGAAAUAAAAGGAAAAAUGGAAAUGCCGACAGUUGAUAUUUCACUUCCAAAAGGAAAAAUAAAGGGAGAUGUUGAUAUUCAAGGACCUAAAGUCAAAGCUGACAUGUCACUCCCUAAAAUUAAGUCUCCUGAGGUAGAUAUCAGCCUCAAGGAUACUGAUGUUAAAGGAGGAAAGUUUAACUUGCCAACUGUUGACAUUUCACUACCCAAAGGAAAAAUUAGGGGUGACCUUGAUCUUGAGGGUCCUGAGUUGAAAGGGGGUACAUUUGAAAUGCCAAAAUUUGAUGUGUCUUUACCACAAGUGAGUCUACCAGAAGGUGAUGUCAAAAUAAAAGGCCCAGAAAUCAAGGGAGGGAAGAUUGAAAUGCCAGACAUUGAUAUCUCACUCCCCAAAGGAAAAGCAAGAGGAGAAUUUAAAACUGAAGGACAUGCUGGUAAAGUAGGAAAGUUCCAUAUGCCCUCUGUUGAUAUCUCUCUUCCUAAAAUGAAAGCUAAGGGACCAGAGAUCAAUAUAAAAGGCCCUGAACUUAAGGGAGGAAGAAUCAACAUGCCAGACACUGACCUGUCGCUCCCCAAAGGAAAGGCUGACCUAAAUAUUGAGGGUCCUGAUAUUAAAGGAGGCAAAUUCAAAAUGCCCACAUUUGAUGUUUCACUUCCAAAGAUGAACCUGCCAGAGGGCAAUGUAGAAAUGCCAAAAGUAGAUAUUUCACUCCCAAAAGAAAAGGUAAAGGGAGAUUUUAACAUUGAGGGACAUGUGGGUAAGGGAGGCAAGUUUAACAUGCCCUCGGUUGAUAUUUCUCUUCCUAAAAUAAAAGCAAAGGGAAUUGAUGUUAAUACUGAAGGACCCGAACUUGGAGGUGACAUUUCACUCCCAAAAGGAAAAGUUGAGGGUGACCUCAAUGUGGAGGGUCCAGAGGUGCAAGGAGGGGAAUUUAAAAUGCCAAAAUUUGAUGUCUCAUUGCCAAAAGUGAAUCUCCCAGAGGGCAAUGUCAAAAUAAAAGGUCCAGACAUCAAGGGAGGAAAAAUUGAUAUGCCAGACAUUGAUAUUUCACUCCCCAAAGGAAAAGCAAAAGGUGAAAUUGCAAUUGAAGGACAUGCUGGCAAAGGAGGCAAGUUUCAUUUGCCCUCUGUUGAUAUAUCUCUUCCUAAAAUAAAAACAAAGGGACCAGAGAUAAAUCUUGAAGGCCCUGAAGUUACAGAAGGAAAACUAAACAUGCCUUCACUUGAUGUUUCUCUUCCCAAAAUAAAAUCUCCAAAUGUAGAUAUCAGCCUUGAGGGUCCUGAUGUUAGAGGAGGACAGGUCAAAAUCCCAGCUGUUGAUGUUUCACUUCCUAAAGGAAAAGUCGAGGGUGACAUAAAUGUUGAAGGCCCUGAGGUGAAAGGAGGCAAAUUCAAAAUGCCCAAAUUUAAUGUUUCACUUCCAAAGAUGAACCUACCAGAAGGCAAUGUGGAAAUGCCAACAGCUGAUAUUUCACUCCCAGAAGGAAAGGUGAAGGGGGAUGUUGACACUGAGGGACAUGUGGGUAAAGGAAGCAGGUUUCACAUGCCCUCGGUUGAUAUUUCUCUUCCUAAAAUUAAAGCAAAAGGAGUUGAUGUUGAUAUUGAAGGACCUGAACUUGAAGGUGAUAUUUCACUCCCCAAAGGAAAAGUUGAGGGUGACAUUGAUGUCGAGGGUCCUGAGGUGAAGGGAGGUAAAUUUAAAAUGCCAAAAUUUGAUGUCUCAUUGCCAAGAGUGAAUCUCUCAGAGGGUGAUGUCACAAUAAAAGGCCCAGAUAUCAAGGCAGGGAAAAUUGAAAUGCCAGACAUUGAUACUUCACUCCCUAAAGGAAAAGCAGGAGGAGAAAUUGAAAUUGGGGGACAUGCUGACAAGGAAGGCAAGUUCAGUAUGCCAUCUGUUGAUAUCUCUCUUCCUAAAAUGAAAGCUAGGGGACCUGAGAUAAAUCUUGAGGGCCCUGAAGUUACAGGAGGAAAACUAAACAUGCCAUCACUUGAUGUUUCUUUGCCUAAAAUAAAAUCUCCCGACAUAGAUAUCAGCCUCAAGGGCCCUGAUUUCAAAGGAGGAAAGGUCAACAUCCCAACUGUUGAUAUUUCAAUUCCCAAAGGAAAUGUUGAGGGUGACAUAAAUGUUGAAGGCCCUGAGGUAAAAGGAGGAAAAUUCAAGAUGCCCAAAUUUGAUGUUUCUUUACCAAAAGUGAGUCUCCCAAAGGUUGAUGCCAAUGUGGAAGGACCAGAUAUGAAAGGAAAACUUGAAAUGCCAGCUGUUAAUAUUGCACUUCCAAAAGGAAAAGCAGAUGUGGAUAUUGACAUUGAUGGGCAUGGUAGUAAGGAAGGGAAGUUUCACAUGCCCUCACUUGAUAUAUCUCUUCCUAAAAUCAAAGCAAAGGGGGCUGAUGUUGAUAUUCAAGGACCUGAAGUAAAAGGUGACAUGUCACUCCCUAAAAUUAAGUCUCCAGAGGUAGAUAUCAACCUCGAGGGUCCUAACAUUGACAUUUCACUCCCCAAAGGAAAAGCAGGAGAAAUUGAAAUUGAAGGACAUGCUGGCAAAGGAGGAAAGUUCCAUAUGCCCUCUGUUGAUAUCUCUCUUCCUAAAAUGAAAGCUAAGGGACCAGAGGUCAAUAUAAAAGGCCCUGAACUUAAGGGAGGAAGAAUCAACAUGCCAGACAUUGACCUGUCGCUCCCCAAAGGAAAGGCUGAUGCUGACCUAAAUACUGAGGGUCCUGAGGUGAAAGGAGGUAAAUUCAAAAUGCCAAAAUUUGACGUUUCACUUCCAAAGAUGAAUCUGCCAGAGGGAAAUGUCAAAGUGGAAGGACCAGAGAUGAAGGGAGGAAAAAUUGCAAUGCCAACCGUUGAUGUCUCAGUGCCAGAGGGAAAAAUGGAGGGAGAUAUCAAUAUUGAAGGACUACCUGGAAAGGGAAAGUUUGCUGUGCCAAAGGUUGACCUAACAGGUAAAAAAGGUGGUCUCCACAUGCCAACUCUUGACAUAGAUCUCCCCAAAUUUGAUCUUGAUCUCAGCCUUCCUACUGGUCUGACAGACAAAAGCCUCAAGGUUGACACCAGUGCUCCUGAAGCAUCAGGGGAUUUGAAGAUGCCUGGUCUUAAAGGAGAUAUUAAUCCAGCCAAGUUGAAAGUUAGGGGUGCAGACAUCGAGACAAGUGGGGUAGAAGGUCCAGGUGCAUCCCUUAAACUUCCCACUGUCAAAUUACCAACAGUUGACAUCUCAGCUCCAAAGGUGGACCUAGACUUUGGCCUUGCCAAACCUAGAGGUGACGAAGUGGAAGUGGAGCUUCUGAAAGCAGAAGGAGGUAGGCCUUCUUCAGGGGGCAGCUUUGAUCUUCCUGAUGUCUCCCUCAAAGUCCCCAGUUUCUCUCUUCCAAGGUUUGGUGGAAAGUCCAAGAGUGGUGAUCUGGCAAUAUCUGGCCCCAAGGGAGAGGUUUCCCUCAGUCCACCACAUGUGGAAGGGGAGAUAAGAGCACCAUCAGUAGAGUUUGAUGGGGAUGGAAAAGUCAAGGUGAAAAAACCUAAACUCAAAAUGCCUUCAUUUGGUAUAUCCAAAAAGCAUGCAGAUGUAUCCGUGUCUUGCCCUGAUGUGGAUGUUAAAGUGAAAAAGGAGAAAAUUGACAUUUCUAAGCCAGAGAUCAAUGUUGAGAGCCAGUAUGACAAAUCAAAAUACAAAGUGAAAUUUCCCAAGUUUAAAAUGUCAUCACCAAAAGGUCACCUCCCAGAAGGAGAGGUUAAUGCUAAACUCGAGGCAGAUAUGGAAGGGCAAGGGGGCUUCCACGCACCUGAUGUCACUAUCAAACUACCAAGAUUCUCCAUGCCAGGAUUUGGCUCUAAGGAAAAAGAUUUUGUAAAGCCAAGUGGUCAUCUUGAAUCUAAGGCCAAGGUCAAGAUGCCCUCUGUUGAGCUGUCACUACCAGCAGCUAAAACACCAGAGACUGAGGUUCUUCUUCCCAAAGCAGAAGUUGAUGUCUCAGAGGCUGAUAUCAGAGGUUAUGAGGGAAAUCUCAAAAUUCCCAAAAUGCCAACAAUUGAUGUUUCCAUUCCCAAAAUAGACCUGGAUGUGUCCCUGCCAAAUGUAAAGCAUGAUGUAAAGGUUGAUGGACAAGGAGGCAAAUUCAAGAUGCCAGACAUCAAGAUGCCUGACAUUGACUUGUCCCUUCCUACAGGAAAAACAAGUGUAACUAGAGAUGUUGACAUCUCUAUGCCCAAAGGAAAGAUUGAGGGUCCAGAAAUAGAGGUCAAAGGAGAAGGUGGAAAAUUCAAGAUGCCACAUCUCAGCAUGCCCUCUGUUGAUAUUUCACUCCCAAAAGGAAAGAUCGAAGGUCCAGAUGUUGAAAUAGAGGGAGGUACAGGAGGAAAAUUCAAAAUGCCUCACAUGAAAAUGCCCAACAUUGAUAUCUCUCUGCCCAAAGGAAAGAUUGAAGGUCCAGAUGUUGACAUCUCUCUGCCCAAAGGAAAGAUUGAGGGUCCAGAGGUGGAGCUCAAAGGAGAAGGUGGAAAAUUCAAGAUGCCACAUCUCAGCAUGCCCUCUGUUGAUAUCUCACUUCCAAAGGGAAAGAUCGAAGGUCCAGAUGUUGAGAUGGAGGGAAGUAGUGGAGGAAAAUUCAAAAUGCCUCACAUGAAAAUGCCCAACAUUGACCUUUCUCUGCCCAAAGGUAAGAUGGAAGGUCCAGAUGUUGACAUCUCUCUACCAAAAGGAAAGAUUGAGGGUCCAGAGGUGGAGCUCAAAGGAGAAGGAGGAAAAUUCAAAAUGCCUCACAUGAAAAUGCCCAACAUUGACAUCUCUCUGCCCAAAGGUAAGAUGGAAGGUCCAGAUGUUGACAUCUCUCUGCCCAAAGGAAAGAUUGCAGGUCCAGAGGUGGAGCUCAAAGGAGAAGGUGGAAAAUUCAAGAUGCCACAUCUCAGCAUGCCCUCUGUUGAUAUUACACUUCCAAAAGGAAAGAUUGAGGGUCCAGAGGUGGAGCUCAAAGGAGAAGGUGGAAAAUUCAAGAUGCCACAUCUCAGCAUGCCCUCUGUUGAUAUCUCACUUCCAAAAGGAAAGAUCGAAGGUCCAGAUGUUGAAAUGGAGGGAGGUACAGGAGGAAAAUUCAAAAUGCCUCACAUGAAAAUGCCCAGCAUUGACCUUUCUCUGCCCAAAGGUAAGAUGGAAGGUCCAAAUGUUGACAUCUCUCUACCAAAAGGAAAGAUUGAGGGUCCAGAGGUGGAGCUCAAAGGAGAAGGUGGAAAAUUCAAGAUGCCACAUCUCAGCAUGCCCUCUGUUGAUAUUACACUUCCAAAAGGAAAGAUUGAAGGUCCAGACAUUGAGAUGGAGGGAAUUAGUGGAGGAAAAUUCAAAAUGCCUCAUGUGAAAAUGCCCAACAUUGACCUUUCUCUGCCCAAAGGAAAAAUUGAAGGUCCAGAAGCUGAAAUAGAGGGAGGCACAGGAGGAAAAUUCAAAAUGCCUCACAUGAAAAUGCCCAAAAUUGACAUCUCUCUACCAAAAGGAAAGAUUGAGGGUCCAGAGGUGGACCUCAAAGGGGAAGAUGGAAAAUUCAAGAUGCCACAUCUCAGCAUGCCCUCUGUUGAUAUUUCACUUCCAAAAGGAAAGAUCCAAGGUCCAGACGUUGAAAUGGAGGGAGGUGCAGGAGGAAAAUUCAGAAUGCCUCACAUGAAAAUGCCCAACAUUGACCUUUCUCUGCCCAAAGGAAAGAUUGAAGGUCCAGAUGUCGACAUCUCUCUACCAAAAGGUAAAAUUGACGGUCCAGAUGUUGAAAUAGAGGGAGGCACAGGAGGAAAAUUCAAAAUGCCUCAAAUCAAAAUGCCCGAUUUUGACAUCUCUCUGCCUAAAGGAAAGAUCGAAGGCCCAGAAGUUGAAAUAGAGGGAGGUACAGGAGGAAAGUUCAGAAUGCCUCACAUGAAAAUGCCCAACAUUGACCUUUCUCUGCCCAAAGGAAAGAUUGAAGGUCCAGAUGUCAACAUCUCUCUACCCAAAGGUAAAAUUGACGGUUGA